UUGGACGGCGCAUGCGCAGCGCGCUGGGGGUCGAGGCGGUAGAGCUGCGUAUUUAGAGUCUGCGGACGCCCAGAAAAUUUUGACUGAGGUCGGUGCUAGUUGGCUGUGACUGCCCAUCACGACAUCAGCAGCGCCCCAUCCGUGAGUGGUCGUUUUGGAGCAAAAUCACCAAGACCUGUAUUCUCUGUGGCUGCGAACAAAUCAUGUAGCUGGAUUGAGCCUUAAUUUUUCCAGCUGGAAAGUGGAGCUAACUGUUCAUAUCUACUGAGCUGUUGAUGAGCUAGGCAGUGUUGUCAUAUGAAGUUGAACAUGGCAGAAGAAGAGGAUUACAUGUCAGAUUCCUUCAUUAAUGUUCAAGAAGACAUCAGACCAGGCGUGCCAAUGCUGAGGCAGAUCCGAGAGGCCCGUCGAAAAGAAGAAAAGCAGCAGGAAGCUAAUCUGAAAAACAGGCAGAAGAGUGUGAAAGAGGAAGAGCGGGAAAGACGUGACAUCGGGUUGAAGAAUGCACUAGGCUGUGAAAACAAGGGAUUCGCUUUGCUCCAAAAGAUGGGAUACAAGAGUGGCCAGGCUCUGGGCAAGAGCGGAGAUGGCAUUGUUGAACCAAUUCCUAUCAAUGUCAAAACAGGAAAAAGUGGCAUAGGUCAUGAGUCAUUACUAAAACGGAAAGCAGAGGAGAGGCUGGAAAACUACAGGAGAAAAAUCCACAUGAAAAACCAAAAUGAAGAAAAGGCUGCCGAGCAGUUCCGGGCGCGACUGAAAAGUAGGCAGGAUGAGCUGAGGCUCGAAGGCGACCUGAGAAGGAGCCAGCGAGCUUGCCAGCAGCUGGACACCCAGAAGAAUAUUCAGGUUCCCAGGGAGGCAUGGUACUGGAUAAGGCCUGAAGAGGAGACUGAGGAAGAGGAAGAGGAGGAGCAGGAUGAAGACAAAUACACGAGCGAGGAUUUGAGUGUGCUGGAGAAACUGCAGAUACUCACUGGCUACUUACGAGAAGAACAUCUGUAUUGCAUUUGGUGUGGGACAGCCUACGAAGAUAAAGAAGACCUAUCUUCAAAUUGCCCAGGACCAACCUCUGCAGAUCAUGACUGAGAUUGUUCCCAAUAAAGUAAAAACUAUCUAUGUCGGUGUGGAAA